AGUUGUAUAAAAGUCCCAACACGCAAGCACAACCACAACAACAAUACAACUGACUGCUCCUACCAGUGAACUACGACUAAUACUACAACUUCUACACACCACCAACAAGAUGGCCACAGAGACGAGAUGCCCCAUGACCCCCAAGCUGCCCGCGGGACUAGACCUGGAGCUCUGCCAUCAUCCCUUGACCAUGAGGAAAGUGGUCAACCUGGUGGUCGCCAUGGAGAGGUUAAAGGGCAGCCGCACCGAAACGGCCCUCAGGACUAAAUUCAGCGGGGAAAGCUUCCUCAACAUCAUGAUCGAUGACAUCGUUGAAGUGAUCCACAUGCCCGAGGGGCGACCGCCGGUGAAUCAAUUCACCAGGACGGGGGAGUAUCAGUGCACCGUGACCGACAGCCAGAACAAAAGUCUGGUGCUGCUCGGAGACAGCAUGGAGCUGCACGCUGUCACACUGCAGGGAGGAAGCAGCCGCCGCAAAGUGCACCUCAACAUGUCCACCUACGUGCACCCGUCCCCCAACACGGAGGCCCGACCGGUGGCCCUGGGCAUCAAGGGCACCGACCUGUACCUGUCGUGCCACCAGGAGGGCACCAGGCCCACGUUGCACCUGGAGCCGGUAGAGGACAGGCAGCGUCUGAUGGGCGUGGCCUCCGAGAGCGACAUGCUGCGCUUCCUCUUCUACAAGCGCGACUCGGGCGUCAGCCUCAGCACCCUGGUGUCGGCGCGCUUCCCCAACUGGUACAUCAGCACGGCGGAGGAGGACAACAUGGCCGUGGAGAUGAGCCAGCGCACCGCCAACCGAUACCUCACCUUCCAUAUUAAGAGGGAAAACUAGGGGGGGGGGGGGAAAUGAUGCUCGACAACAGCAAAAGCGAACAACAGCAUCUGUUAAGACGUGGUAGCAUGACUCGAAGCACCUUAAAUGGAUGACAUUCUUUCUUACAUUUUGAUCUAUUUAUGCAAGUAUUUAUUCCAUGUAUUUAUUAUUUUAUUUAUAUAUUUCACGUGUAUUUAUGUUUUCGCAGUUGUGUUCACGGUGCAAUAAAAUGUGUCAUGCAUGAAA